GACCAACUCACUCCCACCGUCUGCCCCACGACAACCCACGAGCCUUCUGGUUCUCAUCACAUAAUACCCUGCUGCAGUCCAAACAACCCUUACCAGCUUCACCCGCCAGACCAGAACACACACCAUGGCCGACGCGCAGGCGCCCCCUACCUUCAAGCUCGUCCUCGUCGGUGACGGUGGUACCGGCAAGACCACCUUCGUCAAGCGUCACUUGACGGGUGAGUUCGAGAAGAAGUACAUUGCCACUCUGGGUGUCGAGGUUCACCCUCUUGGCUUCACCACCAACCUGGGCGCUAUCCAGUUCGAUGUCUGGGACACCGCUGGCCAGGAGAAGUUCGGUGGUCUCCGUGAUGGUUACUACAUCAACGGCCAGUGCGGUAUCAUCAUGUUCGAUGUUACUUCCCGUAUCACCUACAAGAACGUUCCCAACUGGCACCGUGACCUCGUCCGUGUCUGCGAGAACAUCCCCAUCGUCCUCUGCGGCAACAAGGUCGACGUGAAGGAGCGUAAGGUCAAGGCCAAGACCAUCACCUUCCACCGCAAGAAGAACCUCCAGUACUACGACAUUUCCGCCAAGUCCAACUACAACUUCGAGAAGCCCUUCCUCUGGCUCGCCCGGAAGCUUGUCGGCAACCAGGCUCUGGAAUUCGUUGCUGCCCCUGCCCUCGCUCCCCCCGAGGUUCAGGUCGACCAGGCCGUCCUCGAGCAGUACCAGAAGGAGAUGGAGGCUGCUUCCAACAUGCCCCUGCCCGACGAGGAGGACGCCGACUUGUAAAUUUGCUUUGCCACGAAGGGCUUGUCUCAUGGACAGGAGCCAAAAGUUUUACGACGAAUUGGACCCGCCUUACGCUAUCCCUAUGAUAUCCGGAUAGCGUGCACACGGUACGACAUCAGGAAGGCAGCAGUGGGUCGAUGUACGGGUUUGCUUUGCUAGCGAUUUCAAAUUAGACAGUCUACACGAAUUCGAGUUGACGAAACCGGCCCUCGGAGCUUGAUCCACAUGGCGCGCCGAGCCACAAACGUGAUCCGUCGUUUCUCAGCGGCUGCGAGAUACCGUCGGAUCACCGGCAGUAGGUAGCUACAAUUAGACCUUGCGUCUGUAGUAAUCUAAGUCUUCAGACGCUGC